CUCCUGCGUCCCGGGAGCCGGCUCGCUCCGGAGCCGCGCGCGGUGCGACCGGGCAUGCCCCGCUACGAGCUGGCUUUGAUCCUGAAAGCCAUGCAGCGGGGUUGGUACAGUAGGCUUCACUAACUUAGCUGCAACUCAGAAUUUCUCCUCCAGCACCUGAGUAAAUGCUGAUGGUCUUGUGGAGAGUGGAUUAAGAGUACGAGCUAAGUUCUCAAUCCCAAUUAAGAAGCGGAGGAAAAUUUAAACUGUCUCCUUCAAAGUUUAUCACAACCACCACCAUCAAGACAGCAAACCAAAGGACAAAGACUUUGACCUGCUGUGUUGCUCUGUGUAGUCCAGUUCACGUAUGGUUUACAGACUUGGCUGGGGUUACUAAUGAGUAAAUAAAAAGUUGGACACUUCUGUUAUUGGACACUUUUAUUCACAAAGUUACCAAAAUGAGGGCUGUACUGGAGACAGCAGACAUUGCCAUAGUGGCCCUGUAUUUUAUCCUGGUCAUGUGCAUUGGUUUUUUUGCCAUGUGGAAAUCUAAUAGAAGCACCGUGAGUGGAUACUUCCUGGCGGGGCGCUCUAUGACCUGGGUAGCGAUUGGUGCCUCUCUGUUUGUGAGCAAUAUUGGGAGUGAGCACUUCAUUGGGCUGGCAGGAUCUGGAGCUGCAAGUGGAUUUGCAGUGGGCGCAUGGGAGUUCAAUGCCUUACUGCUUUUGCAACUUCUGGGAUGGGUUUUCAUCCCGAUUUACAUCCGGUCAGGGGUAUACACCAUGCCUGAAUACUUGUCCAAGCGAUUUGGUGGCCAUAGGAUUCAGGUCUAUUUUGCAGCCUUGUCUCUGAUUCUCUAUAUCUUCACCAAGCUCUCAGUGGAUCUGUAUUCGGGUGCCCUCUUUAUCCAGGAGUCUUUGGGUUGGAACCUCUAUGUGUCUGUCAUCCUGCUCAUUGGCAUGACUGCUUUGCUGACUGUCACUGGAGGCCUUGUUGCAGUGAUCUACACAGACACGCUACAGGCUCUGCUUAUGAUCGUUGGGGCACUCACGCUUAUGAUUAUUAGCAUGAUGGAGAUUGGCGGGUUUGAGGAAGUUAAGAGAAGGUACAUGUUGGCCUCACCCAAUGUUACUUCCAUCUUGUUGACAUACAACCUUUCCAACACAAAUUCUUGUAAUGUCCAUCCUAAGAAAGAUGCACUGAAAAUGUUACGGAAUCCGACAGAUGAAGAUGUUCCUUGGCCUGGAUUCGUUCUUGGGCAGACCCCAGCUUCAGUAUGGUACUGGUGUGCUGACCAAGUCAUCGUGCAGAGAGUCUUAGCAGCUAAAAACAUUGCUCAUGCCAAAGGCUCUACUCUGAUGGCUGGCUUCUUGAAGCUUCUGCCAAUGUUUAUCAUAGUUGUCCCAGGAAUGAUAUCCAGAAUACUGUUUGCUGAUGAUAUAGCUUGCAUCAACCCAGAGCACUGCAUGCAAGUGUGUGGAAGUAGAGCUGGGUGCUCUAACAUUGCUUACCCACGCCUGGUGAUGAAGCUGGUUCCCGUGGGACUCCGUGGCUUAAUGAUGGCAGUGAUGAUUGCAGCUCUGAUGAGCGACUUGGACUCUAUCUUUAACAGUGCCAGUACCAUAUUCACCCUCGAUGUGUACAAACUCAUCCGCAGGAGUGCAAGCUCCCGGGAACUCAUGAUUGUGGGGAGGAUAUUUGUGGCUUUUAUGGUGGUGAUCAGCAUCGCGUGGGUGCCAAUCAUCGUGGAGAUGCAAGGAGGCCAGAUGUACCUUUACAUUCAGGAGGUAGCAGACUACCUGACACCCCCAGUUGCGGCCCUGUUCCUUCUGGCAAUUUUCUGGAAGCGCUGCAAUGAGCAAGGGGCUUUCUAUGGUGGAAUGGCUGGCUUUGUUCUUGGAGCAGUCCGUUUGACACUGGCCUUUGCGUACCGUGCGCCAGAAUGUGACCAACCUGAUAACAGGCCAGGCUUCAUCAAAGACAUCCAUUACAUGUACGUGGCCACAGCACUGUUUUGGGUCACGGGACUCAUUACUGUCAUUGUUAGCCUCCUCACACCACCUCCCACAAAGGAACAGAUUCGUACCACCACCUUUUGGUCUAAGAAGAGCUUGGUGGUGAAGGAAAGCUGCUCCCCAAAAGAUGAGCCAUACAAAAUGCAAGAGAAGAGCAUUCUGAGGUGCAGGGAGAACAGUGAGGCCGUCAACCACAUCAUUCCCAAUGGGAAAUCCGAAGAUAGCAUCAAGGGCCUUCAGCCGGAAGAUGUUAAUCUCUUGGUGACCUGCAGAGAAGAGGGCAAUCCAGUGGCUUCGUUAGGACAUUCAGAGGCAGAAACACCAGUAGAUGCUUAUUCCAAUGGGCAAGCAGCUCUUAUGGGUGACAAAGAGAGAAAGAAGGAAACAGAGGAUGGAGGCCGGUACUGGAAGUUCAUAGAUUGGUUCUGUGGCUUUAAAAGUAAGAGCCUCAGCAAGAGGAGUCUCAGAGACCUGAUGGAGGAGGAGGCUGUUUGUUUACAAAUGUUGGAAGAGCCUCCACAAGUUAAACUAAUACUAAAUAUCGGACUUUUUGCUGUGUGUUCACUUGGAAUUUUCAUGUUUGUUUAUUUCUCCUUAUGAACUUUUUAAGGAUAUGAUGAGACACUAACUUAAGAAAAUACUGGUCUUUGGAAAAAAACAAAAACAAAAC